AUGCUGAAAUGUCUAAACUUUAAAAAUUAUUUACAAGUUUGUGCAGUUUGUGGUGACAUAGCAGUUUGUCAGCACUAUGGGGUAAGGACCUGCGAAGGUUGCAAAGGAUUUUUUAAGCGAACUGUUCAGAAAAAUUCUUCGUAUGUCUGCCUAGAAAACCAGUCAUGUCCUGUAGAUAGACGAAGACGAAACAGAUGCCAAUUUUGUCGUUUUCAAAAGUGUUUGAUUGUCGGCAUGGUAAAAGAAGUGGUACGAACCGAUUCGCUUAAAGGACGGCGAGGAAGGUUACCCUCCAAGCAUAAAUAUAAUGAAUCAAUUGGAUCAUUUGAAAAUAUAUAUUUAAUAACAUCCUUAGUUAAAUGUCAUAAAGACACAUCUCCCGAUAUAGCUAGUUUGGAUUACAAAGCAUAUAUUGAACCUUUAUGCUGCAAUUUACCUCUCAUCGUAAGCGAGUCUGAAAAUGUCCGACAGUUUUACAACAUACUUAAAACUUCAGUAAAGGCGAUACAUCAAUUUACCUACAGAAUUCCAGGCUUUCGCGAUUUACCAGUAGCCGAUCAAGAACUACUUUUCCAAUCGGGCGCCCUCGAAAUGUUUGUUUUGAGAUUAUCAUAUCGCAUACGGCCAACAGAUUCCAAAUUAAUAUUUUGUAAUGGCGUGGUUAUGCAUAGAGCACAAUGUGAAAGAGUUUUCGGAGAAUGGCUGGUUAAUAUUUUACAAUUUAGUAAUCGUCUCAACACAUUGGGAAUAGACAUAUCAUCUUUUGCUUGCAUUUGCGCACUAGCUGUUAUAACAG